UGAAGUGUGGACCAAAUUUGGAUCUACAGUGGCUUCAGAAUUUUGGAGUCCCUAACAAAACAUUAAUGGCAGGUUCUUUAAACUGUCUUGGAAAAGUGGAACAAAUUGCUGAAGAGGCUGAAUCUCUUAGAGCAAGUUUGGAUAAGUAUAACUUACGGAAUCUAAAAAGGUUGAGAGAAGCUAAUGAGAGAGCAGAACUGUUGGGACGAGCUAAUGGUGAUUCUGCUCAUGUUUUGAGAAUUUUUGAUGAAGAGGGACAAGCAUUACAGUCAGUACGCAGUUCUUCCCGGGAACUAGAAAAUGCAAAUGCAAUUGGGGAGGCCAUCCUUUCUUCUAUACAUGGCCAAAGAGAACGCUUGAAGGUUUCCUAG